AUGUCGAGCUCCGGCCUUUCAUACGGCCUGAACAUCAAAAAGAAAACACCCAUAGGAAGCAGACCCCUCCCCGGAAAGCGGAAACCGAUCUUCGAUGAGCCCGACUCCGACGGCGACGGCGACAAUGACAACGGCGCAGAAGCCAUAGAAGAAAUCGGCGAGUUUGGCAGCAUAUCCACGGAAUCAAAACCCUCUCUCAAAGGUCCCGCGCCUAAGUUGAAAGGUACAAAACCGACUGGGAAACUCGGUGGGAAGAAUGCGCCUAUUAGCAUGUACGGGGACCUUGCCUCCUCCUUCACAUCUAAGAAACAUGCAGAAAAGGCCGAGGAACUGGAUGCGAACAUAUAUGAUUAUGACGCUGUGUAUGAUAGCCUCAAGCCGACAAAGAAGGUAGCGGAGGAGGAUAAGGAGAGAAAGCCAAAGUACAUGACGAAUCUGAUGGCUGCGGCUGAGGUGCGGCAACGAGAUGCGAGGAUUGCAGAGGAGAAGAAGCUAGCGAGAGAAAGGGAGGCCGAGGGCGAUGAAUAUGCGGAUAAGGAGAAGUUCGUUACGUCGGCGUAUAAGAAGCAGCAAGAAGAGAAUAGGAGGUUAGAAGCCGAGGAAAAGCUCAGAGAGGAGCAAGAGGCGAAAAAGAAUAAAGGGACUGGAAUGACGGGCUUUUACAAGAGUAUGUUGGAGAAGGGGGAACAGAAACAUGCUGAGGUUGUCAAGGCGGUGGAGGAGAGGAUCAAGACGGGACCAGUGAACGUGGUGGAGGAGAAGGAGGAGGAGAAGGAGAAGACCGAGGCAGAUCUUGCGAGAGAGAUUAGCGGGAAGACUGGGGAGGCCAUUGCUAUCAAUGACGAGGGGCAGGUGGUGGAUAAGAGGCAGCUGUUGAAGGGAGGACUGAAUAUUGCUCCGAAAGCCAAGACUGCUGCACCUGCGAGCGCUUCUCGACCUGGUGUUCCAUUGUCGGAUCGGAGUCGAGGGCCUGUGGGUGUCGGUGGCGGGAAGCAAGCUAUGCGGGAGCGUCAGACUCGCAUGAUGGAAGCUCAGCUUGAGCAGGCCACGAAGAGAGCCCUGGCGCAGGAGGACGAGGACAGAGAGGCUUUGGAGCGGGCUUCAAAGAGUCGUAAGACGGAAAGUGAUAUCACGAGCGCUAAGGAGAGAUACCUCGCGAGAAAGAGGGAACUUGAGGAAGCGAAGAAAGCUGCAAAGCCGCCGUCUGAAGUUCGGGAAUAG